CAGCAUGGGUCUGGAGGACUUAGACGUCGCCUACAUCCGGCUGAUCGUCAAGAUCCUCGCAAACACGCACAACGACACUGAGGAUUUCCGGCGCCCCGUGAUCCCGAUCUCGCUACGCUACGUCUUCCCGCUCUUCGUGUUCCUGUACGCCGUCGUCAUGGCCGUCGGCACGGCGAGCAACGUCGUCACACUGUGCACGAUCGGGCGACAGCGUCUGCGCGACCCGAUGACGCACUUCUUGGCCAACAUCGCAGUUGCCAACAUCAUCAUGUGUCUGGUCGUGCUUCCGCUUACACUCUCCAACCUGCUCAUCAAGAACUGGUUCUUCGGCAGCUUCACCUGCUUCUUCCUUCCGAUGGUGCAGUUCCUGCCCGUGUACGCAUCGAUGCUCUCCUACCUCACGAUGGCCGUCGAUCGAUACCGCUUCAUCCUCUACCCGUACACGGUUCGUCCACCGACCGGUCUGUGUAUCAUCGGUGUGUGGGUGCUGGCGCUCUGCCUCGUGCUGCCCUACGCGAUGUACGUGAAGUACAUAGACCUGGAACUGUACCUCGGCGCGCAGUUCGCCGGACUAGGGUUGUGUGUGAUCAACCCCGAACGCAACAUCGAGGAGUACACGCGCGCGAUGUUUGUGAUUAUCUACGUGAUGCCGCUCGCCAUCAUCGCCUUCCUGCAGGUGAAAGUCUCAAACGAGAUUAAGUCUCGCGCCGCGCCAUACGCCGUCGUCCAUUACAAUGUCACGGUGCAGACGCCAGAUGGCGUCAGGGGCGAGUCACAGUGCGACGCGCGCGUGACGCAGCUGAGCUCAUCCGUCACAGACACGCAACGCAGCAGCGGCAACCGCAGCAUCGCGCAUAUGUCUGUGCCGCAGACGCCUUUCGAGGGAGACGACUUCGAUCCUUCGACGGAGCGACGGACGCAGAAGUACGCGAUCACCAUGGUAACGCUGUUUGCGAUCUGCUGGUGUCCUAUGAACAUCCUCACGCUCGUGUCGCACUUCAUUUUCGAGACGGUCGAUAACAGCGACUACUUCGACGUCACAUUCCUCACGUUUGUUUGCAUCGGCUUCCUCUCCACGUGCGUCAACCCGUUUCUUUUCGUCGCGUGGCACGUGAGCAGCGGAAACCCGCUCCGACGGCUGUGCGAGCACCUGCGUCCGCGACACUGGCGCCGCCGCCUGAAUUCGGCCGCCAGGGAGCGCUGUCGUCGGGGCCACGGUGAAGACGACGGAAGAGGUAGGCAGAGAGAGAGAGAGAGAGAGAGAGAGAGAGAGAGAGAGAGAGAGAGAGAGAGAAAGAGAGAGAGAGAGAGAAAGCGAGGUCAUUCUUAUAAGAGUGCCGUCAUCGCCAUGGGAGACGAGGACAGACUCACGUCGCUAUGA